AUGCGAAAGGCAUCGAGUGUUUCUGGAGAGGGGAGGAGGGAGGGCAGCGAGUAUUUGCCAGCUUGGAUGUUUCUGCCUGGGAAAGGCUUUUUUUUUUUUUUUUUUUUCCGUGGAAAGGAUGCUGUUCUCAACGCCUGUUACCGGGGCUGCCGGCUGUUCUCCAUCUGUCACUUCGUGGAUGCGAGCGCCGAGCUCAACACGACCAGAGCCGAGUGCGAAGCAGCCUGUGCUGAAGCCUACGGCAACGCAGAGGAGCAGUUUGGGUGCGUGACCGGGUGCCGCAAGCAGCUGCCCGAGGUGGAGGAGAGCAGGAAGGAGAAGAGCCUGGAGCUGCAAGCGCCGUCCUUUUCCGUGUUGGAUUUGGUCUCCACCUUCUGCAACGACAUCGUCAGCUCAGCCCAGAGCUUCAUCUCCUCCACCUGGACCUUCUACCUGCAGGCAGAUGAUGGCAAAGUCGUGGUGUUUCAGUCCCAGCCUGAGAUGGAGUAUCCAGCACCCGAGGCACUGGAGAUCCAGCCAGCACAGCCAGGAUCGGGAUUGGGAUCCAGCCCUGGCAUCCCCCAGCCCCACACAGGACCCCGGGCAAAGGGGGACAAGCCCCCCGUGAAGGAGCCACGGGGCAAAGCCAAGGCGCACCCCCCGGAACCCCCCCAGCAGGAGCACGAUUUCCUGGGCUGCAUGUCCAAGCGCUCGGGCCUUCCUCGCUGGAUCCUGGCCGCCUGCCUCUUCCUCUCCAUCAUGGUGAUGCUGUGGCUCAGCUGUGCCAGCCUGGUGACCGCCCCCGAGCAGCACGUCAAGACCCAGCCUCUGAGCAUCAACGGGGACAAGGAAUACCUGGAGGACCUGGAUGGCCCCGGCACCUUCCCCCUGCCGCCCGUCAUCACUGUCACCCUGUGCCCCGCCGAGGACGCGGGGCCGCUGCCCCUCAAAGUCGACCUGGACAAGACCAUCCUGUAGCGCUCCCACCCCUUCCCAGCACCUCCACCUCCCUCUCACCAUCCCCAUGGCAUCGCCCCGACCCCGCUGCGCUGCCCCUCGGGCUGUGCCAGCUCCCAGAGGGGCAUCUCUGGCUCCGGCCGGGUCCCGCUCUCCUCCCCA